AUAUCUCGAGAAUGAUUCUGUUCCCACAUCCCACCUCAGAAAAGCAAGUCCAAACCCACAUAAAACAAGCCCGCCCGUCUCUUUCGCCACCCCAAGACGCCCCACGCCUCUCCUUCUUCUCCUUCCCCAUCCGCCCAUCGCCCGACCCCCUCCUCUCCCCUGCGGUCUGCGCUCCCACAGCCUCACACCUGCGCUCUCGCCGAUCCGCAUCGCCCGUUGUUGGAAGGAACGAUGGCGGAGCAGACCUUCAUCAUGAUCAAGCCCGACGGCGUCCAGCGGGGCCUGAUCGGGGACAUCAUCAGUCGGUUCGAGAAGAAAGGGUUCUAUCUCAAGGGGAUGAAGUUUAUGAAUGUGGAGAGGUCCUUCGCCCAGCAGCACUAUGCUGACCUUUCUGACAAGCCCUUCUUCCCUGGGUUGGUGGAGUACAUCAUUUCUGGCCCUGUUGUGGCAAUGGUGUGGGAGGGGAAGGACGUUGUAUUGACUGGCCGCAGGAUCAUUGGGGCCACCAGGCCUUGGGAGGCAGCCCCUGGUACCAUUCGUGGGGACUAUGCUGUGGAAGUUGGCAGGAAUGUCAUCCAUGGAAGUGACUCCGUGGAGAACGGAAAGAAGGAGAUCGCUCUCUGGUUCCCUGAAGGUGUGGCCGAGUGGAAGAGCAACCUUCAUCCCUGGAUCUACGAGUCUUGAGCAGUUGAGCUUCGCGGUAUUGGAUGCCUGCUUCCAUGAAAACUGAGUUUUGUUUGAGUUAUCUAUUGGCUCUGGCUAUAGAGUCAUAAUUUAGUGCUUUGUGCUACAUCUGAGUUAAGUCUGCCAGAACUUAUGUGGCAUUUGAGUUUCUGUCUUUGCGCGUGGUUUAAUGUGUACUGUGAUUGUGAACCAACUAAUGUGAUCUUAAAUAAAACAUGCAUGCCAAGUUUGUGUUA